ACAGUUGGAGGAUCUGCACAUGUGCAUAAAGAAGUAUCCAGGUGCUAAACACCACCUCUGGCAGUCAUGAGGAAUAGAGGGCUGAAGACGCAGUCCUGAAGAUUGAUGGAGGGCCAUGCUAUUCAAACAGCAGGCAUUGCUGAGACAAAAGCUCUUCGUACUGGGCAGCCUUGCUAUCGGAAGUGUCCUCUAUCUCGUGGCUAGGGUUGGGACCUUGGAUAGGCUACAGCCCAUUUGCCCCAUUGAAGGCAGACUGAUCCCCCCUGAGCCAGAGAAAAUCCCUCUCCGCACCCUGCAGUUUAAGCGUGGCCUGCUCCAUGAAUUACGUAAGGGAAAUGCCACCAAAGAGCAAAUUCACUUGCACAACCUGGUACAGCAGCUGCCUCGGGCUAUCAUCAUCGGGGUUCGCAAGGGAGGCACCCGCGCCCUGCUGGAGAUGCUCAACCUGCAUCCAGCGGUGGUCAAGGCUUCACAGGAGAUUCACUUUUUUGACAAUGACCAAAACUAUGCUCGUGGAAUCGACUGGUACAGAGGGAAAAUGCCCUUCUCCUUCCCUCACCAGAUCACCAUUGAGAAGAGCCCAGCGUACUUCAUCACAGAGGAGGUCCCUGAACGCAUCUUCAAGAUGAACUCCUCCAUCAAGCUGCUGAUCAUCGUCCGUGAACCCACCACCAGAGCUGUGUCUGACUACACUCAAGUUCUAGAGGGCAAGGAGCGUAAAAACAAGACCUACCACAAGUUUGAGAAGCUGGCCAUUGACACCAACACCUGUGAGGUGAACACCAAGUACAAAGCUGUUCGGACCAGCAUCUACACGAAACACCUCGAGCGCUGGCUCAAGUACUUUCCUGUAGAGCAGUUCCACAUUGUGGACGGGGACCGUCUUAUCAUGGACCCACUGCAAGAGCUGCAGCUCGUUGAGCGCUUCCUCAACCUACCCUCAAGGAUCAGCCAAUAUAAUCUGUAUUUCAAUGCUACCAGGGGAUUUUACUGUCUGCGAUUUAACAUUAUCUUCAACAAGUGCCUGGCAGGCAGCAAGGGCCGCAUCCAUCCAGAGGUGGACCCGUCAGUGGUGACAAAACUGCAGAAGUUCUUUCACCCCUUCAAUCAGAAGUUUUACCAGAUCACUGGUAGAACAUUCAACUGGCCAUGAUGAGCUUUGAACCUCUCAAAUGAGAUUCCUGGAUUAGGGUUUUUCUUUUUUAAAUAAAACAAGACACCUCACUUUAAGAUCUCAAAAGAUAUUAAUAGCACUUUGACUGAAUUUAAUACAAAAACAACAUUGUGACCAAAUAUAAAAGGAACUUGAUGUGAGUCUGUUUUUACAUGUGUGAAAAUAAAGCAAAAUGGUUUGAUUGGUUUGACUAAAAGAUUCAGUUCAAAGCACUUGAUCUCGCAAAAUAAUUCACUUGACUGUCAAUGUUCACUGCGGAGAAAAAAACAGUUCCAAUCUGUGAUUAUUUUUGUUGCUUAAAAAAAACUAUCAAACACUGACAUUUAUGCCGUUAAGAUAAGCUUUUAGUGAGAUGCUUUCUUUUCAUCAUAAAACUCUAUGAAAAAUUACAUCUCAUGAUCAACAAAAUUGUUCAUAUAUUUCCCAUCAUGCUGUGAUCGGUCCAUUAGAGAGUGACAUCUUCUUCUUUACCUAACGUGAUUCAGACAAGGACCAUCAAAAUAUAAUAAAGUGAUUCAAGUUUGGCUCAACACCUUCCAAGCAUUUUAGACUUGAGCUUGUGUUUUAUUGUAAGUAUGUUGUUUCUUCCCCUACAGCGUUCUCAUUGGUUAGCGAAAUACCUGGCAAAAAGCCAUAUUGAAAAAAAAUCCUGUCCUCUUUUCCGUCAAACCAACAGCUUAUUCUUAGACAAUGAAUAAAAUCUGUUUCCGUGCGGAUAUUUAUUCUGUAUCCUGUGUGUUGAAUAAAGGUUAAAUUA